AUGGCACAUUAUGCGAUUGAACAAGAUGUCCGUGAUACUGCCUCCUCUUCAAGAAAGUAUACAAACAGAGACAAUUGUGUCGAGACGCACGACCGUCUUGUUCGAGAUUACUUUGCCGAGGAACCGAAAUUUGAUGAGAAUUUUUUUAGAACACGGUUUCGGAUGAGUAGACGAUUGUUUGUGAAGAUAGCUUCAGAUUUGGAAAUCAAUUUUGAAUAUUUUCAACGGAGGGUCGACGGUCGUGGGAAAAUGGGGUUCUCGGCUUUACAGAGGUGCACAUCUGCCGUUCGCCCGUUAGCAUACGGUAGUAAUCCCGACAGUUUAGAUGAUUACUUAAAUAUGUCAGAAAGAUCGUCGUGUGUCACCCUUAAUGCUUUUUGUGAUAGAGUCAUUAGAUUAUACCGACAUGAAUAUUUGCGUAGGCCAACGCGUAAUGAUACGCAACGCAUUUUGGAUCAUCAUGCGUUUUAUCAUGGUUUCCCCGGCAUGUUAGGUAUUGCCGGUUCAAACAACGACCUUAAUGUGUUGAACCAAUCUCCUUUGUUCAAUGCCUUUGAAGACGGCACAGCCCCACUGGUUUCUUUCACUGUAAAUGGAACCGAAUAUAAGUACCCGUAUUUUCUCGUGGAUGAGAUCUAUCCAAGAUAUGCGAUGUUUGUGAAAACGAUUUCUCAUCCAACCGGUGAGAAAAGGAUUCGAUUUGCUAAGGCACAGCAGGCCGCAAGGAAGGAUAUGGAGCGAGCUUUUGCCAUCGAAUGGUCGACUGGCAGAGAUACAGAACCCAAACGUUCACAAAGAUCUUCGGAUGGAUCUCAUUGA